CACCCGUGCGCUGGGGCUCUGUGGGUCAGCCUCGGUGCACCGUGCGGCGAGCCUGGGGGACUUCACGCACGUAUUCUGCCGGUGGAUUCCGCACUCGCGGCAUUGCCACGCAGACCCCGAAGGGUCGGCCGAGAGUGGAAGGAAGGGCAUUGGCGCGUGCGUAAUCUGCGUGGGCCCCGCCCCCGAGCUGCGGUGUCCAGCGCGCGUGCGCGGUGUCGUCGGCGCCAGAUAUUUCUGUCCCGCCUCCAGGCCACGGCUCUUUCUGCGAGCGGCGCGCGGUCGGGAGGUUGUUAGCAAGUCUUGCGGCGUGAGUCUCAGCAGCAAAGGAGAAGGCCGCGCUGGUGGUGCCGUCGUCUGCAGAGAGGCCGGUAGCCAAGCGGCUUGGCCGCAUCUAGGCGGCGCCUGGGGCGCGGCGGGCGUCGGCCCAGGAGACGCGUGGCGGCGCUCGGCCUCUCGGCAGCGGCGGCUGCCCGGCCGUUGGCGGCGAGCGCACUUGUGCGCCUGCGCAGCAGACUCAGCGCCCCUCCUCCCCCGGGUGGCCCCCCCCAUCUGCCCCGGCAGCGUGUGAAUGGCGGCCUCGGCGGCGGCUUCGGCGGCGGCUGCCUCGGUAGCCUCAGCGGCCUCUGGCAGCCCAGGGUCGGGCGACGGCCCGACGGGCGGCGAGAAGCGCCCCGCCGCCCCUUCAGCCUCGGCGGCCUCGGCAUCCGCGUCGUCCCCCGCAGGGGGUAGUGGCGAGGCGCAGGAGCUUCUGGAGCAUUGCGGCGUGUGUCGCGAGCGCCUUCUGCCUGAGCGGGAUCCGCGGCUGCUGCCCUGCCUACACUCUGCCUGUAGUGCCUGCCUGGGCCCCGCCGCGCCAGCCGCAGCGAAUAAUUCGGGGGAUGGCGGCGCGGCGGCCGACGGCGCUAUGGUGGAUUGUCCAGUGUGCAAGCAGCAGUGCUACUCCAAAGACAUCGUGGAGAAUUAUUUUAUGCGAGAUAGUGGCAGCAAGGCUUCUUCUGAUUCCCAGGAUGCUAACCAGUGCUGCACUAGCUGUGAAGAUAAUGCCCCAGCCACCAGCUAUUGUGUGGAAUGCUCUGAGCCACUUUGUGAGACCUGUGUGGAGGCCCACCAGCGGGUGAAGUACACCAAGGAUCACACUGUGCGCUCCACGGGGCCUGCUAAGACUCGAGAUGGUGAACGAACAGUCUAUUGUAAUGUACACAAGCAUGAACCCCUUGUGUUGUUUUGUGAGAGCUGUGAUACUCUCACCUGCCGGGACUGCCAGCUCAACGCCCACAAGGACCAUCAGUACCAGUUCUUGGAAGAUGCAGUGAGAAACCAACGUAAACUCUUGGCUUCCUUGGUGAAACGUCUUGGGGACAAACAUGCCACACUGCAAAAAAACACCAAGGAGGUUCGCAGCUCGAUCCGCCAGGUGUCUGAUGUGCAGAAGCGUGUACAGGUUGACGUCAAGAUGGCCAUUCUGCAGAUCAUGAAGGAGCUAAAUAAGCGGGGCCGGGUUCUGGUCAAUGAUGCUCAGAAGGUGACUGAGGGGCAGCAGGAGCGCCUGGAGCGCCAGCACUGGACCAUGACCAAAAUCCAGAAGCAUCAGGAACACAUUUUGCGCUUUGCCUCUUGGGCUCUGGAGAGUGAUAACAAUACAGCCCUCUUGCUUUCUAAGAAACUGAUCUAUUUCCAGCUGCAUCGUGCCCUCAAAAUGAUUGUGGAUCCUGUGGAGCCUCAUGGUGAGAUGAAGUUUCAGUGGGAUCUCAAUGCCUGGACCAAGAGUGCUGAGGCUUUUGGCAAGAUUGUGGCUGAGCGUCCUGGUACAAACUCCACAGGUCCUGGGCCCAUGGCUCCUCCAAGAGCUCCAGGGCCCCUAAGCAAGCAAGGUCCUGGCAGCAGUCAGCCCAUGGAAGUACAGGAGGGCUAUGGCUUUGGGUCAGAUGAUCCAUACCCAAGUGCAGAGCCACAUGUGUCAGGCAUGAAGCGGUCCCGCUCUGGUGAGGGGGAGGUCAGUGGCCUCAUGAGAAAGGUGCCACGUGUGAGCCUUGAACGCCUGGAUCUGGAUCUCACCGCCGAUAGUCAGCCACCAGUCUUCAAGGUCUUUCCUGGAAGCACCACUGAGGACUACAAUCUGAUUGUUAUUGAGCGUGGUGCUGCUGCUGCAGCUGCUGGUCAGGCUGGGACUGUGCCACCAGGAGCCCCUGGUGUUCCACCGCUGCCUGGCAUGGCCAUUGUCAAGGAAGAAGAGACAGAAGCUGCUAUUGGAGCCCCUCCUGUUGCCACUGAGGGUCCUGAGACCAAGCCUGUGUUGAUGGCUCUGGCUGAAGGCCCUGGUGCAGAGGGACCUCGUCUGGCUUCACCUAGUGGCAGUACCAGUUCAGGCCUGGAGGUGGUGGCUCCUGAGGGUACUUCAGCCCCAGUAGUUGGGCCAGGUAUUUUGGAUGACAGUGCCACUAUCUGCCGUGUCUGCCAGAAGUCAGGUGACCUGGUCAUGUGCAACCAGUGCGAGUUCUGCUUCCACCCAGAUUGCCACCUCCCCGCCCUGCAGGAUGUUCCAGGGGAGGAAUGGAGUUGCUCACUCUGCCAUGUGCUCCCUGACCUAAAGGAGGAAGAUGGAAGCCUUAGCCUGGAUGGAACAGAUAGCACUGGUGUGGUAGCUAAGCUCUCGCCAGCCAGCCAGCGGAAAUGUGAGCGUGUCCUGCUGGCCCUGUUCUGCCAUGAACCCUGCCGCCCCUUGCACCAGCUGGCUACUGACUCUACGUUUUCCAUGGAGCAGCCUGGUGGUACCCUAGACCUUACCCUGAUUCGUGCUCGCCUCCAAGAGAAGCUGUCACCCCCUUAUAGUUCCCCCCAGGAGUUUGCCCAAGAUGUGGGCCGCAUGUUUAAACAGUUCAACAAACUGACUGAGGACAAGGCGGAUGUGCAGUCCAUCAUCGGUCUGCAGCGCUUCUUUGAGACGCGCAUGAACGAUGCCUUUGGUGACACCAAGUUUUCUGCUGUGCUGGUAGAACCGCCACCGCUAAACCUUCCCAGUGCUGGCCUAAGUUCUCAGGAGCUGUCUGGUGGCCCUGGUGAUGGCCCCUGAAGCUGGGGCUCUUGUAGACAGCACAGUCCAGCCCUGGUCGGUCUCUGUCCUCACCCCAUACCCAUUCCUCCUGGUGGCCUGACUCCUGCUCUUGCUGGCCCCUUCCCUCAGUCCCUCCUCACAAAAUGGUUUUUACUUCUGUGGAUUUAAUAAAAACUUCACUGAGUUGCUCAUGCCUCA